GUGGCAAUGUUGCUGGGUCGAGUGAGCACGUGUCUAUUGUUAAUUAUAGCCGGUGUUUGCCUGGCUCGCGAUGCACAAAUUGUUAACCGUUGGGCGCAGAGUCUAGGAAGUGAACUAUGGGAAUUGGCGUUGGGAGUAGCAAAACCAGAAGAAUUGAAAGCCAAAUACAGAGAACUCAAUGCCCGAGUGGAGGAGAAAUCCGGUGAGGAGCUGAUCGAGAUCAUAAGUGAGAGCGUCGGAAGAAUGCUCAGAAGAAAAAUGGACGCGGUCCGUUGCAUUCUUAUCCGCGCUGAGGAAGAAGCCCUGAAUCACGAUGACAGUGAGAGAAAUGUUGAUGUGAUAAAAUCUAGUCUCACAUAUAUCUCUGGAAAGUACAGCUGGGUCAUCGAUGGGGACAAUGAUACACAGCCAGAGAUUCCGGAAAACAUGCGAAAUGACAGCCAUAUCUAUAGAGCGAUGGCCUUGAAUCCUGACUCUCAUUUCUACAAUAUCCCCGUGAACACGAGUUACUCAGCGGUUCACAUUCCAACCAACGUCUACGAUUUAUCCCCGAUAGUGGCACACGCUAUAAAUUGGUCAGAGAAGCUGGACGAAGUCUUCACCCAGAAUUACCGGUCAGAUCCGGCGUUAUACUGGCAGUAUUUUGGCUCAAUGACAGGAAUGUUGCGAGCAUAUCCCGCGAUGCAAUGGAGAACAGAAUUGGCGGCUGAUGGAGAAAAAUCUGCCGAUCUCUAUGACUGUAGAAUCAGAAGUUGGUUCAUUGAGGCGGCGACUUGCAGCAAGGAUAUGGUGAUACUGGUGGAUGUCAGUGGAAGUAUGGAGGGGAUGGGUUACACAAUUGCAAAAGCAGUGGUAGCCUCAAUUCUGGACACCCUUUCCAACAACGAUUUCGUGACAAUUCUGGAGUACACCAACGUCACCGAGGACCUGGUGCCCUGCUUCAAGGACAAGCUCAUUCAAGCCACUCCCGAGAACAUCGAGACCUUCAAGAGUGCCUCCGGCACUCUAGACCCCCUCGAGGUCGCUAAUUUAACGGACGCCUUCACCCGCGCCUUCACCCUUCUAAAAACUUAUCGUGAGACUCGCGGUUGUGGUCCCGAUACACCCUGCAAUCAGCUCAUAAUGCUCGUCACAGACGGCGUCGCCUCCAACAUAUCAGAGGUCUUUGACGCGUGGAACAGACAGGAGAAUGGCACAAGAAUACCCGUUCGUGUCUUUACGUAUCUGCUGGGUCGAGAGGUGACUAUGGUACGUGAGAUUCAACUGAUGGCAUGUAAAAAUAGGGGGUAUUACACUCAUGUUCAUACGCAAGAGGAGGCGCAGGAGCAAGUGCUCAAGUACAUUCCUGUGGUGGCUAGGCCACUGGUUCUUCAGGGAAAGGAACAUCCCAUCAUCUGGACACACGCUUAUGCUGAUGUUUCUAAUCCAGCACUUGCCACGUGGCUGUGGCUCGUAAUGGAGCAUCCGGAGCAAAAAGCACGUCUCGAGAAACAUCUUGAAGCUAUGCAACAGGGCAUCUCCAUAAACGACGACAGCAUCUACAUAAAAAAGAUGAAAAGAGGUGAAGAUGUCAGGCGAGCAGCAGCCGAUGUGGAAUCAACUGCGAGACAAGAAUACAGAUUACUCACCUCAGUAAGUAUUCCUGCAUUCGAUCGCAAAGGCAACGCCAAUAACGAGACGAGAAGGGCAAAUCUCCUGGGAGUUGCUGGCACUGAUGUACCUAUCAACGACAUUUCGAAGCUCACGCUGCCUUAUAAACUCGGGGUGAACGGCUACGCCUUCAUUGUCUCUAAUAACGGAUAUGUUAUACUCCAUCCAGAUCUUCGACCCGUCAGUGGAGAAGUCCUGAAGACUAAUUACAACAGUGUCGAUCUCACGGAGGUGGAAAUUCUGAAUGAUGGAAGGAAACCUAGGGAUCCGGGGGCCAAGAUCCUAGAGCUCCGCGCAGCCCUGGUCAACCACACCUGGGGCAACAUGAAAAACAUCCCCGUAAAAUUUCACUACGACAACAAUCGAAGAGUGACCCUCGAGCACCGCGACUACUACUUCGCACCCCUUCCAGGGACACCCUUCGGCAUCGCCGUCGCCAUCCCCAAUUACGGAAAAACCUGGAUCAAGGUAGGAAAUGAAAUCGAGAAGAACCGUCAGGCGGGAAUAGAAAUCAGUGAUUUCUUCAUCGGGGAUCAGUGGCGGGUGCAUCCGGGAUGGGUCUACUGUCGCUUCCACUACCUCGAGGGUCACGAGUUCAACAAUUCCGUUGAUGAGGUGCGGUUCUUCCUGCAUAAACUGAGUGAACCCGGGUGGGAGUGGGCGGAUCAGUACGAGGCGUACGACAUCAGCUUCGAGGAUGAGGAGACACCCGACUGCACGAAGAAGGUCCUCGAGGAUGAUGAUUACUACUGCAAUGAGGAGUUGAUGCAGCUGCUGGUGUUCGACGCCAAGGCGACUAAUCAGAGUUUCAAUGAGGAGUUCAAGCAUAAAAAUAUAGAGAAUUGGGAGUUGGCGAAUUCUUAUGGCGUCUUUCUCAGGUUCGUGGCCACGCAGAGCGGUCUCACCAGGUGGCAGUACCUGGAUGAGAGGUUCAAGCCACCUGACCUCAAUCGCAAGUUCGGGGAUCUUCAUAGGAGGGCGGUCAAUGAACCUUGGUACAAGGGAGCUAUUUUUCAACAUCAGAUUGACCCGGAGAGCAUCUCUUUGUCAGUCCCAGGAAAAGGCGGAGAAGACGCGGUGGUAACCGUCUCAAUGGCGGUCUUCCCGCGUGACGGAGGGCGCACAGCGGCAGCAGCGGUCAUAGGAUUUCAGAUGCCAAUGACGUACUUCUUCCAGCGAUUCCUCGAUAUAACUUCAGAGACCCCCAAUCCUGACUUUAACUGCGAGCAGGAAGGCCUCGACUGUUACCUAGUGGAUCAGAAUGGUUACGUAGUGAUAUCAGAGGCGCACAAUGAUACUGGCCAGUUCUUCGGGGUCAUCGAGGGCCCCGUGCUACAGUCCAUGGUGAACCAGAGCUACUUCGAGACAGUGGAGAUUUAUGAUUAUCAGGCUGUGUGUUAUCAUAUUGGACUCCAGGGGGCGGGCACGACUCUUCUGACGCCCUUCAGGCACAUCUGGAAUCUUCUUCUGUGGGCGUUUGCCAGAACUGUCUGGAUGGUUUCACAGUUCGUCCAUGUUCCCCAGGUGCACUCGAGGGUGCACUCGGAUGACGACCUCCCGGAGAAGCCACCACCUCCGGAGGAGGUCAAGCAGUAUCACAAGUGCGAUCAAAAGAGGAUUCUUUAUAUGAUGAAUCAGACGAGGGCGGACACUCCUAUUAGGAAUAUCGAUAGUGUCUGCUCGAGACCGUUUUAUGCGCAAAGGGUUCCCCAGACAAAUCUCCUCCUAGUGGUCGUAAAUUCACUCUACCCAUCCUGCUGGGCGAGACUAGAAACGGAACCCAUUGAAAUCAAUCCAGCCGAGUACAUGGAGGAUUCAGACGAUGCUGCCUGCUACAAAAAGAAACUCAACGAUCUCCCGCGGAGACCUCUGGAGGGAUGCUUCACGGAACAUCCUCUAGAGGAUGAGAUUGACGCCUGUGGACGAGGAACAAGACUGCAAUUAACGCAAAUUCUAUUAAUUAUCUAUUUAAUUAUUGUCAAAGUUCUGUUGUAAA